AAACGAACUGCAGCCAUGGCAGGAUUCUUCUCACGUUCAGAUAGUGACAAACCUCUUUCUGAUGUGGUUAAAAAAGAGAGCAAGCUAUUGAAGGCUGAUAAAGGGCCUUUGGAUGUUUAUGCAGUUAAAUUACAAAAGAAAGAAAUGAAUGUAAAUGGGUGCAAGAGUUUCAGUUUUGGGAAAAACUCCACUAAACUAAAUCGCACCAUCAUGGUUCUUGGAGCAACUGGUGCUGGGAAGUCGACGCUCAUCAAUGGGAUGAUCAACUACAUUCUGGGCGUUAAAUGGGGGGAUUCGUAUCGGUUUAAGUUAGUGGAUGAGGGUCAGUCAAAGUCACAGUCUGAAAGUCAGACAUCUGAAGUCACUGUGUACAAACUCAACCAUCGGGAAGGAUUUCAAAUCCCCUUCUCUCUGACCAUCAUUGACACUCCAGGCUUUGGAGACACCAGAGGAAUAGACAGAGACAGGAUGAUUGUAGAACAGCUACGUAGUCUGUUCUCUGCUGAACACGGUGUCAGUGAAAUCGAUGCUGUGUGUUUUGUAGCUCAGGCCUCAUUAGCUCGACUCACACCAUCACAGAAGUAUGUGUUUGACUCUGUUCUGUCAAUAUUUGGUAAAGACAUCGCGGAGAACAUCAGGGUUCUGGUGACGUUCUGUGACGGCCAGUGUCCACCGGUUCUAGAGGCGAUCAAUGCUGCAGACGUCCCAUGUCCUAAAGCUAGAAACGGACUGCCGGAACACUUCAAAUUUAACAAUUCAGCUUUGUUCGCUGACAACAAAUCUGAAGGUGGCGAUGAGGAUGAUGAGGAAAACUUUGAUCAGAUGUUUUGGAACAUGGGAACAAAAAGCAUGAAGAGGUUCUUUGGUGCCUUAAAUCACAUAGAAACUAAAAGCCUGAAACUGACACAGGAGGUUCUCAGAGAAAGAAAGCAGCUGGAGAAUUCAGUAGAAAACCUACAGAUGCAGGUUAAAGUUGGAUUAGCAAAGCUCGAGGAGAUAAAAGAGACAUCUAAUAAACUCAAGGAGCACGAAGCAGAGAUCAGCAGAAAUGAGAACUUUGAGUUUUAUGUCACUGUUAAGAAGCCAGUUCAAGUGGACAUUUCUGGUACUGGGUGGUACAUCACUAACUGUCAGACGUGUCACCACACCUGUCAUGAUAACUGUGCCUAUGCAGAUGAUAAGGAUAAAGUUAACUGUUGUGCAAUGGGACGAGGUGGAAACUGCACCGUGUGUCCAGGUAAAUGUCACUGGAGCAUUCAUUUUAAUCAGAAAUACAAAUGGGAUUAUAAGGAGGUUAAAGAAAAGCGAACAGUGAAAGAUCUGAAAGAUAAGUACCUACAGGCCACAGAGGAGAAGAAACCAGUUGAGGCUCUGAUUGAUCGACUGAAGGCUGAGUAUGAUGAGGUGCAGCUUGAGGUGGUGAAGCUGAUGGAGGAGUCUGGUCGGUGUCUGAACAGACUUGGGGAGAUAGCCCUGAAGCCAAACCCUCUCUCCACUCCUGAGUACAUCGACAUGCUCAUUGAGGGGGAGAAAUCUGAGGCCAAGCCAGGCUGGAAGCAACGCGUUCAGUCCCUGAUAGCCAUGAGAGAAAGAGCAGAAUACAUGGCUAAAGUGGAGAAAGGAGAGAAACUCCUUCGCCGGCAAGAAUCUCAAAUCCAGGAUGUAGCAGAGACAACUCAGAACUAAGCUGUUGUCUCUCUGCCUGUUGAGAUGUACCAAAGAUGUUUAACAGAUCAAUAUGGAGACAAGACAUCCCUGAAUCAUUGUAUUGUACAAAAUACAACUUUCU